AUGGUUCGUCAGCAGUUAUACAAGCGUCAAAAUGAGAUUGGUGAAUAUAUCAUCAAAUUGAAGCAAAGCUGCCUUAAGGAAACCGCAAGAAGUGUGGCUAAGGAAACCUGCAAAGCCCAGUUGGGGCAAGUUUGGCAGGAAUUCAAAAAUAACCACACGAAGUUAACCGAAUUGGGUAUCACCGAGGAACCGUACUUUAAAAACAAGUAUUAUGAGAAGGUGAACUCAUUGGUGGAGGAAAUCUGUGCAGCCCUAGAGACGAACGAGGAUGCAGCCAGCCAAUUGGAAACUGGAAAAACUGAAUCGUCGGGGUUGAAAUUACAACAAAUCCAACCGCAGGAAAAUGGGGAGUCCAAAAAUGAGAAGGAAAGAAUAGCGGGAAAAAGGAAGGAAAGAAUAAGAAAACUUAUUCGAAAGUUAGUAGGAGAACUACUAGAGUUGGAACAACUCAAUAUUAAAGUCUUGCUGGAAGAAGCAAAAAGAUCAUGGGAAACACAGAUGAAUCAAAUUAAUGAUCUAUUAUGGGAACUCACUAUCAACCAUGAGGGGUCUUACGAAGACAUCACUAAAGAAGUUGAUGAAGUAGAAAACCUCUACAAAAGAAGUAAAACAACGCUGAUCUUAAGAUUGGACAAAUGUAAGGAGGAGAGAUGUCCUAUAAAACUAGCGGAGAUAAAAAUACCGGACUUCUACGGUAACGUGGAAGAAUGGCCAUCUUUCCAUGAUUUAUACAAGAAGCUCGUACAUGAUGCCGAGAGCUUAUCGGACGUUGAGAAAAUGUUUUAUCUGAAAGCUCAUAUUAAAGGAGAAGCGUCAAAAGUAAUUAAACAUUUACCGGCAGAUGGAAGCAAUUACCAGCCAGCGUGGGAGAUACUAAAUCAACGCUUUGGAAAUAAAAGAAUUUUGUUUCAAACGAUACUAGACCGAUUGUUAGAUCAACCCCAUGUGUGUAGUGAGAACGCUAAACAAGUAAAAGGAUUACUUGAUACAACAAUUGAAUGCGUCCAAGGGUUAAAAGCAAUGAAAUGCAACUUCGAGGAUGCUGUAAUGGCGCGUGUAAUCAUCCGUAAGCUAGACAAAGAAGGUUUAUUAUUAUACGAGCAGCAUACAAAGAAAUCGAAAGAAAUUCAGGAGCUUAAAGAUGUUUUGGAGUUCUUGGAGGAACGAUAUCAAAAUUUGGAGGCAGCAGGUACAAAGAAGUACAGCAGCAAUUACAAUCAUCGGCAACAGCAGCCUAUGAAAAGUACGACACUCUAUACGGAUAAAAGUGCGUGUCUAUACUGUAGAAAACAAGGACACUUAACGGAAGAAUGUCGAAGUCUGUUGAGAUUGCCAGUGGCGGAACGAGUAUCAUGGGUUAAAACAAAAAAUAUAUGCCAUAGAUGCUUGAACCACAAUCAGAAUGCAAGAUGCGAUAGUACCAUCAAAUGUGGAACCUGUGGGUUUAAACAUCAUUCGGUACUCCAUCUAACUAAGACAUCCACUACAUGUGUUGCUAACGGGACAAGGAGUGUCCUACUGGCAACGGCUCAGGUGCAGGUCAAGAAUAUACAUGGAGAGAUGGUUACCUUGAAAGCUUUGGUGGACCAAGGAUCACAGUCAACGUUUUUAAGGGAAGAAGCAGCACAGAUACUUCAAAUCCCUCGAGAAAAGGCCAAUAUGGAAUUGCAUGGACUAGGUGACAAUUUGGUGGGAGUUGCAAAAUCAAAAGUAAAAGUUAGGAUCCAUCCGAGAUUUCCCAGCAACUAUUCACUCGAUGUCGAAGCUCUUAUUUUACCAGCGUUAGCUUCCGUCCAUUUGGAUUCUUCGUUAGUACACAACCAGGGUGUAUGGAAAAACUUUCAAUUGGCUGAUCCAAACUACUACAAGAACGAGAGGAUAGAUAUGGUGCUUGGCGGAGAUGUGUAUGUGGACAUACUAAAGAACGGAAUACAUAAGAAGCAUGGAAUGUUGGGGCAACAUACCAAGCUGGGAUUAAUGUUGUCCGGCCCAUUAACGAUUCGAGUCCCAGUAGCGAAAAAAGGUGUCAAUGUCACUACAGAGAUUGAAAGAUUUUGGGAAACUGAAGAGUUGGAUAUGGACAUGGUUACAAACGAUGACGAAAAAUGUUUGGAUAAUUAUGCUGCUACAACGAAAAGAAAUGAAGAAGGGCGGUUUAUAGUUCAAAUCCCCUUCAAAGAAGAUAAAGAGCUGGGAACAUCGUAUAAACAGGCAGCAGCCAGACUCAUUAGCCUGGAGAAAAAGCUCAUCAAGGAUAAUGCUAUGAAGCAUGAAUACUCAAGAAUUAUGGAGGAAUAUAUUGCACUGGGGCACAUGAAGCCAGUGAAACAGAUUCAUAGCGGUAAAUAUUAUUUACCACAUCAAGCGGUUGUUCGAGAGGACAGUCUGACUACGAAAGUCAGAGUGGUUUUCGACGGUUCCGCGAGUACAAAUAAUGGAAGAAGUCUGAACGACAUAAUGCAUGUCGGGCCACGGGUGCAGAGAGACGUCUUCAACAUACUACUCAACUUUCGUUUAAAAAGGUUCGUGAUUUCUUCAGAUGUUGAAAAAAUGUACCGCCAAAUAAUGGUGGAUGAGGAGAGCCAGCGGUAUCAACAUGUUCUGUGGCGGAAAGAUAGGAAUGAGGAAAUCAAAGAAUAUCAGCUGACAACAGUGACAUUCGGAACAGCAAGUGCCCCGUUCUUGGCCGUAAGAACCUUAAUGCAGAUUGCGAAAGAAUGCGCGGAUACGAAGGUGAAGCAAAUAAUUGAAGAAGAUUUUUAUAUGGAUGAUCUUCUUACGGGGGCAGACACAAUAGAAGAGUGUCUCCAGCUUCGAUUCAAAAUAUCAAGGCACUUAGAGGGUUAUGGAUUCCAUCUCAGAAAAUGGUGUUCAAACAAUGAACACAUUGUGAAAUCAUCGAAAGAAGACAAGGAGAACGAAAUAAUAAACAUCAAUGAAACCACUAAGUAA